AUGCCACCUACAGCUUUAGAAGAGGCUCAGAGGGGCUCGAGGCCACCAGCUAAACUCCGGACGGAGGAAUUUCGCCUUGGACGUCCAGAGAUCGUUGGUCCUGACGCUCCCGAACCACCAUUUCCAAUCGCUUUGGAGGGGAAGGUUCAAAGAGGGUUUGGAAGAGGCGGGAAGGAUCUAGGGUGCCCUACAGCCAAUCUACCCGACGAGUCAACUACAGCAAUGAGCAGCGUCACAAAGACAGGCAUUUAUUAUGGAUACGCUCAGGUCAUUCCUCCAAAAGACGAACCCACGCAACUACGGCGGGUGGAUACAAAGGUGCUACCGAUGGUUAUGAGCUUAGGAUGGAACGAGUUCUACAAGAAUAAGCGGUUAACAGCAGAAAUCCACAUCAUGCACAAAUUCGAGAGCGACUUUUACGGAUACGAGAUGAAGGCAAUCGUUCUUGGUUACAUCCGGCCAGAGUUUGACUACAUUUCUCGGGAGGCACUGAUUGAGGACAUCGAAUUCGACAAGCGAGUUGCUUUGAAUUGCUUGCAGCGACCAGCGUACCAGGAAUAUUCCAAGGACCCUUUUUUUGUGUUGGACGGUAAUCUAUGA